AUGCUGGCCCCGUCGUCUGCCAGAGCCCUCCUUCGCCGCCCCCCAUUUCCAACUGGAUUUGGGGGGCAAACUCCGAUAGUCGGAGCUUCGAGUCGCUGGCUGACGACACUCGGUCACCGCCGACAACAAUCCACAGCUACCGCAGACGCAACAGCAAACGCAAACGAUCAGGAUGUAGCAUCUAUCCACGACAAUGUCGAGCAUCAACAGUGGGCGAGACAGGUUCUGCGGGAUGCCGUUGCUGCCGCGGCGCCGAGAUAUACCUGGUCAAAGGAAGAGACGGCGGCCAUCUACCACCAGCCCCUGAUGGAACUUGCAUUCCAAGCGGCCCAAGUCCACCGUCGAUUCCAUAACCCGUCCGAAGUCCAGCUCUGCACCCUCAUGAACAUCAAGACAGGAGGCUGCAGCGAGGAUUGUUCCUACUGCGCCCAGUCGACUCGCUACCAAAAAGGCACCGGCCUCCAAGCCAAGCGUGUCGAAACCGUCGAGACAGUCCUUGAAGCCGCCCGUAUAGCCAAGGCCAAUGGCAGCACACGCUUCUGCAUGGGAGCCGCCUGGCGCGACAUGCGUGGCCGCAACAACAGUCUGCGCAAUGUGAAAGAGAUGGUGUCGGGAGUGCGGGCCAUGGGAAUGGAGGUGUGCGUGACGCUGGGCAUGAUCGAUGCCGAACAGGCCAAGGAGCUCCGCGAGGCUGGUCUCACAGCCUACAACCACAACCUCGACACGAGCCGCGAGUUCUACCCUAGCAUCAUCUCGACCCGUACCUACGACGAGCGUCUUGCUACCCUGGGCCAUGUUCGCGAUGCUGGGAUCAACGUCUGCUCGGGGGGUAUUCUGGGUCUGGGCGAGACCGACAAGGACAGGAUUGGAUUGCUGCAUACCGCUGCCACGCUGCCGAGCCACCCGGAAAGUUUCCCAGUGAACGCGCUGGUCCCCAUCAAGGGCACACCAUUGGGCGACAGAAAGCCGAUUGACUUCACCAGCAUGCUGCGCACCAUUGCCGCGGCGAGAAUCAUCAUGCCGGCUACCAUUAUUCGUAUCGCCGCGGGCCGCAAGACAAUGACGGAGGAGCAACAAGCCAUGUGCUUCAUGGCUGGAGCCAAUGCUGUCUUUACGGGAGAAAAGAUGCUCACGACAGAGUGCAACGGAUGGGAUGAUGAUGCUGUAUUGUUUGAACGUUGGGGCUUGCAACCGAUGAAGAGCUUUGCAAAGUCGGUGGCGCGAGCUAGCUAG